GCUUCAAGCUUGGCGUUGACGCCGCAUGAACCUUGAUGUCGCCGAUUCACGACACCACGACGCGUUAUCACGGAUCUAUCGUCCUAUACACUUCCCUCUCCUACAAAUCGCGCAUUUGCUUUCCACACUAAAUAUCAAAUCUAUUCAUGGACUAUCAGAAAAAUGCGAACGCGAAUGUCCUCGCCCAUGGAGACAAAAAUGGGCAUUCUGCCCACUGUGAAGCGGCAUCACCUUCUUGCUGAGUUUGCCGGUCUCAAGCAAGCUUGUCCGCAAGGCGUCUUCGUCAGUCUCACACCGGGCGAUCCGAGCCUGUGGUCGGGCGUCAUCUUUGUCCGCAAAGGCCCCUACGCCCCUGCGAUCCUGCGCUUCCACAUCUCGUUUCCCGACACCUACCCCUCCCUCCCGCCACUCGUCACCUUCUCGACCGACAUGUUCCACCCGCUCAUCACGCCGCUGACCACCUACAUGUAUUCGACCGAUGUCCAAGAUGGCGGGACGGCGAGUGCGUCCGACGAGGAAAGGUUGCCGCCAGGGGGUUUCAGCUUGAGGCACGGGUUUCCCGGAUGGUUUGGGCGGGGGAGUAGGGCGCAAGCUCAGAAGAGGAAUGUGAGUGGUGGACGAGGAGGUGGAGGUGGAGGUGGAGGUGAUGUGAUGACGCCGCCUAGGGCGGUGGCUACGGCCACUGGGACAACCCCUGGCUCGAUUGAGUCGGGGAACUCGGUGUUGUCAACUGCUUCUUUAGCGCCGGGGUAUGCACAGACCGGGAGGAGGGAUGUGUCGACGUACGAGGUGCUGCGGUAUAUACGGAGCUCGUUUGACGACGAGGAUGUGCUAGACUCAGUGCCGCUUGACGCUGCGGGGAAUCCGGGAGCGUGGCAUGCUUGGAGGACGCAUCGGAGGCAGACCGCGGGGAAGGCAUUGCCGGGCCAGAGUGAUCUUCCCAGUAUCGAGGGGGAUGUCCCGGGAGAGUCGGCACCUGUCACUGGUCCUGUCCCCGCUUCGGCGAGACGGCCUGAGGAAUGGAAUUGGGAAGGGGUUUGGGAGGAGAGGGUUAAGCGAGGGAUUGCAGCGAGCUUAUCCGAGGGAGUGUUGUACGGGAAUGCGGGGACGACAGAUGAACUAAUUAACUUUCUCAGCAUGGAGGAGGCCGAAGUCGAACAGGUGAAGUCCAACUUGCUUCGGACGCUUGGCGCGGCUGCGUAGGCAGCGGGAUCUACGGAUCAUUGGCAUGCAGCUUGCUCCCCCCCUGAUGGUCGGAUGCACAGGUAGUGCCUUCCAGGUUCAACGAGAGCGGGCAUCCAUGGAUGGACAUGCGCUUCUGCCUCGCGCAGCGAAACGAACCGACAGCUCUCCGAACUAAGUAAUGCCUGAAUGGCACCAUUUCCGGCCAAGCUACAGCGCUUCGUCGGCAUGGUUAG